UAAUCGAAAAAAUAAUCGACAGAUUAAUCGAUUAUUAAAAUAAUCGUUAGUUGCAGCCCUAGUGGAUGGAGAUCUGACUUUCUGUUCCUUAAACUGGGAAGAGCUUCAUUAUUUCCUGCAGCACAGAAUUCAACAAAUCACUGUGGACUUCAGAAAGAGCAACAUUCAAUGCAGAAUCAGUGAAAUACUGCCAUUCCUGAACAGGAUUCAGUUUAAACGGAUGAGCCCUGCCUUCAUGCUGUGUGUAAUCAGAGAGAUCUAUGAGUCCGGCUCUGCUGGGUUUGUGUUCAGUCUGUUGAGUUCAGUGGAGAACUACAUUAACCUGCAGAGCAGAGAUCUGGACUCUGUUCACUGUGCGGCCCUGCGCUUCACACUGCAGCACUGCACUGCAGCUUCACUCAGUCUACAGUGGACCUCCAUACCAGAGGAAGAGCUGGAGAGCAUUCUGCCUCUCUUCACACAUCUCUCCCGCCUCAGUGUUGACAGGCUGCUGUUGCUGAAGAUGCUUCACUUCUGCAGUGUCUCUGAUGUCCAGCAGGAGGCAGCAGCUGUUCUACUCUCUGUCCUUCAGCACAAGCUGGACUUCUCCUGCCGCUCUGCUCUGGAUCUGACAACAAACACAGACUCAGAGCCUCUACAUCUGACCGCUGAUGACUGCCGUGUGACGUCCAGAGUCAUUCAGAGAGCUCAUUCAGACACAAAGACACAGCUGAUUCUGCAGGACUGUGAGAUUCAUACAGCUGGAAUGGAUCAGAUGUUCCCAGUGUUACAUUCAGUUCAGCUCUCCUGUGAUAAACCUCUGCUGCUUCAGUUUCUGGCUCAUGUGAGGCCUGAGGAAGCCCAGUCUCUUUCUGGAGCUCUGGGUGAAGAGCUGGAUCUCAGUCAGACUCAGCUGGAUCUGCAGGUCUGUAGAGGUCUGGAGCUGAUUCUGGAAUAUUCUGAAGGACUGACAGAACUGGAUCUGAGUCAGUGCCGGCUCAUCGAUCACAGCCUGGAUCUGCUGCUCCCAAACCUCCACAAAGCACAAAACAUUGAUUUUAGUGGAAAUAGCAUCACUGACGCUGGGGCUGAGAAAAUCUACAAUAUCGUCACUCUCAACAGUAACAUAAAGACAGUAAGGCUCUUCAACAACAGAAUUGAAUUCAAAGAGUUCUUCAGCAAUGACACACGAUUUGAGAUCUGGUGAUAAACUCUCUACAGUCAUCGGCCUCAUCAAAGACGGAGACGAGUCUGCUUACAGACAGGAGGUUGAGCAGCUGGCUGUCUGGUGCAGUCACAACAACCUGGAGCUCAACGCGCUCAAAACAGUGGAUAUGAUAGUAGACUUCAGGAGGAACCCCCCUGCACUCCACUCAUGGACAUCAUGGACAGCACUGUGGCUGCAGUAGAAUCAUUCAGAUUCCUGGGACACACCAUCUCUCAGGACCUGAAGUGGGACGAUUACAUUGACUCUGUUGUGAAAAAGGCCCAGCGGAGGCUUUAUUUCCUCCGCCAGCUGAGGAAGUUCCACCUGCCACAGGAGCUGCUGAAACAGUUCUACUCUGCCAUCAUCAGAAUCAGAAUCAGUAUGAGCUUUAUUGCCAGGUAUGGUUACACAUACGAGGAGUUUGUUUCAGUGACAGAAGCUCCACAGUGCAACAGAAUGACAGCAACAAGACAAGACACAGAUAAUAAAAGAAUAAUAUACAAAUAUA